CUCACUACUUGGAUUGGCAGUAUAGCUCAUAUCCUCUUACUUCGCUCAUAAUUUGUACCCUACAAUAAUGGUUGCCACUCUCCAUAACGUUGUUUUUCACGGUUCGAGUCUUAACGUCACCGUCACUAAAUGCGCCUCCGAGGUUGAUCGUUGGAUUACCGCCACCGUCUGCUACUACCGCCGAGGCCUUGGACUCUCCAACCUCCUCGUCGGCCUCGACAUCGAGUGGCACCCUUGCAAGCCAUGGGAGACCAACCCCGUCGCCACUCUCCAGUUGUGUGUUGAGAAAAAUUGCUUGAUUUUCCAGAUUCUGAAGAAGGACUUCAUGCCUUGUGCCCUACGCCUCUUUCUCCGCGACCCGUUCGUCACGUUCGUGGGCGUUGGCGUCCGAGAAGACGCCGAAAAGCUCUUCCGCGAUUGCGGCCUCGUCGUGACUAGGGUUAUGGAUCUGCGACCCAUGGCGGCGAGCGUUUACCGCUCCGAGGCGUUUCUAAAGAUAGGGUUGAAGAAGAUGGCGAUGCAAGUCUUGGGGGCGGCGAUGGAGAAGCCGCUCUCCGUUACAUUGAGUGAUUGGGACGCCGAAGAGCUGAGCUUCGAACAGAUUGAAUACGGAGCGAUCGACGCGUUUGUGUCGUUUCUGAUCGGGAUAAGACUACUCACGGUGGCGGGAAGGCUUCCGAUGAGCCGAAGGCAAUUUGGGCGAUCAAUUCCGACUCCACUCUGCCCAAUUUCACCCUGUUGCUAGAUCGAGUUAUAUGAUUAGUGGCUUUUAAGACUUAAUUAUUGGUUUAAGAUUUUUACUCGUAUUAUUGAAAAAAAUUUGUUGUAAAUUCCAAUUACUGUGAAGUGCAACAUCGCUUGUCUUGAAUAGCAAUUUUUAGUGUAUUACGGAGUAAUAUUUUAAUAAAUCAAUAUUGUUUUU